AUGAAUCCGUUCGAGGUGUUAAAGGCGGCGGAGAACAAGAAGAAAGAGUCGGCCGCAGCUGGUAUCACCAAGUGUGCAGCCCAAGCUGCCAAGCAGCCCAAGAAAGAGUCACAGAAGGACAGGAAGAAUCCACUCCUUGACAAGAAAGAUGAAACUCAGGCUCCAGUACCUCUGAAGAAAGAAGUUAUCAGGCGGGUGGGCCGGAGGCCGGACCAGCAGGGCCAGCCUGGCACCCAGGGCGGACAGGGGGAAGGGCGGCCCACCAGCGACAGGAGGCCGGACAACAAGAGACCCACGCGCAAGCACCGCUUUGACAAACCCCUCGAUGACAAACCCGUUGGCGGAGAGAGAGGAGAGUUCUCUGCAGACAAGCCUCUAGGAGACCGGCCCCCCAGAGGGUCGUGGUGGCACCCGUGGUGGGCGUGGGGGACGGUGCGUGGGCCGGGGCGAUGGCUUCGACUCCCGCGGCAAACGGGACUUCGACAGACACAGCGAUGGCGACAAACCUCAGAAAUCUGAGGAGAAGCGCGGCGGGAGUGGCACUCACAACCGGGGGAACCCCAAGGACGAAAUGAGUGGUGAUGCUGAACAGACUACUGGCCCUGAGGAAACCCCUGAGGGAGAGGAACACCCUCCUGCAGACUCUGAGAAUAAGGAGAACGAAGUAGAGGAACCUAAGGAUGAGGGCCCCAAGGAGAUGACCCUGGACGAAUGGAAGGCCAUGCAGGACAAGGAGCAUGCCAAGGUGGAGUUCAACAUCCGCAAGCCCAAUGAGGGCACCGACAGCAAGUGGAACAAGGGCUACGUGCUGCACAAGUCCAAGAGCGAAGAUGUCAGCGAUGAAAAGCCUAAAGACAGACCAGCUGUGAUUGAUACUCCAGAGAUUGAAGCAGACAUGACCCCCCUGUUCAAGGGAAACCCUGAUGAAAUCGGCCCAGACCACCACUUCCGCAAGCCCGCCAACGACAUCACGGCCCAGCUGGAGAUCAACUUUGGAGACCUGGGCUGCCCUGGGCGUGGGCGACCCGAAAAGCAGCGUGGAUUGUCCGUUCCCAACGUUGACGACCCAGAGGCCUUCCCGGCCCUGGCCUAA